CAGUCAGUAUCCUCUGCAAAGACCCCAAAUAUAUUUUGAUUGAAGAGCAUAAGACUAAUCAUUUUCCGAUUCAUGGAGGAGGAGGCAGAGCCAUCGAGAGAGCGAGAGAGCGAGAGAGCAACAGUAGCAAAGCAGUUGCGAGAAGAGAGGAGAAUCCAUGGUGGAGCCCAGCAGCAGCACUCUCAGGACCCCGAUUUAGAACGGACCACAUUGUGUUUUGUUGCUAGGGCCAGCAAGCGAGGGUUGUUGUCGUCGUCGUAGUUGCAGUCAACACCACAGCCUCGCCUCCUCCUCCCUGCUGCUGCUGCAAUCCGUCUCUGUGUGCUCGUGCGCCUGUCAGGAAGGAGGGAUGUAAGCUCAACGCUGUGGGUGUCUGAACGCUGGAUGCGUUAGGGGUUUAGUGUGAUUAGGGUUUUGUAAUUUUUGCAGGUUUUCGGUACUGGGUUUCGACUCUGGUCGAGUUUUAUUUUUCUUAGUCUCAGAGAGAGAGAGCGAGAGAGAGAGAGAGAGAGAGAGAGAGCAGAGAUGGAGUGCAUGAGGGCGAUGUCAUCUGUGUGUCCUGGGUCGAUGGCGAUCGGGGUUGGGAGAUCGGACAUCGCCAAUGGCGUCGGUGAGGCCGUAAGUUUUCAUGGCAGGUUAGAGGGACUGAUGCCUCUGCGAGUGCAGAGAGUACAGGGGAGAAUACAAGGGAAUGGAGCUUUGAAGGGGUUCACAUGGCGGAGGAGGAGUAGUGUGGCAGCUUCUUCUUCUUCUUCUGGAGUGGGGAUGACUCCGGAGGAGCCGUUGGAUUACAGUGUUGACAAGGCUGCCGAUGAUGCCGAGAAGGAGUUUGAUGGUGCAAAGGAGUCAAUUGGAAGCUCCGCAAAGAAUUUGAAGGAGAAGGCGGGUAGUGAGCUUGGUGAGUCAAAGCAAUCGUUUAGCAGCACGGUGGACGACGUCAAAGGGGAGGCGGGGAAGGCUACGAGCUCCGCCGAAGAUAUUCCCAAUAAGGAACUGGAGAGGCUGAAAGACAUUACAAAUCAGCUUCUAGAGCAAGCAGAGGCAGCACGACAAAAGAUUGCUGCAACAGCACAGGAAACAGCUUACAAGCAGAAAGACAAUCUGGCAUAUGUUGCAGAGAAUGGACCGGAGCCAGUGAAGGAAGUUGCAGAAUCAGCCCUCGAUGCGCACUAUUCAAAAUCUGGAAAGAGCGGUUCUAAGAUUCAUGAUUUCUGCUUAGGUAUCCCCUAUGGGAUUUUUCUCGCUGCUGGUGGUCUGCUUUGGUUUAUACUCUCAGGUGGGACUUCAGCUUUAAGGUUUGGUGUGCUUCUGGGAAGCGGUCUCCUGUACUUGAGUGUGACCAGCUUGAAGAAGUGGAAAAAUGGAGAGUCUUCUAUGACAUACAUUCAGGGCCAAGCAGCCAUCACUGCCUUUAUCUUCCUCAGGUACUACCGGCGAUACGGUGUAAACAAAGUGUUCUUUCCCACAGGAGUUGUAGGCCUAGUAAGUGGGGCCAUGUUGGCUUUCUAUAUUUAUGUAUUAGUAUCUGGUGGAAAUCCUCCCCCUAAGAAAUCCAAGAGUCAACCGAGUUGAGAGUUCUGAGAAUCUCCUCUUGGCUUUACGGAUAUUUAUGCCUCCCUGUUAGGCAGCCACGGGAAGCUCAAGGGAGUCUUUCAAUCAAUGAAGCAGAUACUAUUCUAGACUAAGUGGGAAGAAUUCGGCUGGGAAUACAUGAUGGUUUUCGAGAACUCGCUCAUGUCUGUUUUUUUUGACGAGGUAGUGUUGACGAUUGAAGUGUUAAGAUGGACACAAGACCUCAUUCUGUACGUAUGUUUAAUUUCAUAUGACGAUCUCUAACAGCUAUGAAGACUAGCAUCACCAUCACCACGUCAACGUUCGAAAGGAACUGAAGGAAAUACCUUAUGGCCCAGAAGUCCAGAUGUGUCAACGAUAAGCUCACUAGAAUCCUCAUGCUUGAUCCAGGUUAAUCACCACCCCAGUAAGGCAUUGCAAAUCUUUUUCUGGAAACUCGGAGGUGUUUGAACACUUUUCCGUUCCUCGGGCGACAUGAUCCAGUAAAACUUUUUUCCAUUCCA